GCUAUUCCAGUCCCGCCCCUGAGUUCUGUCAUGGCGACGUCCAGUGCUCCAGCCGGUGUGGGGACACGCUAUGCUGGGGUUUUUGUCCGCGCGACAAACGGGUUUGGAGGACCCUCUUCGCCUUCGGAGAGCAGAGUCAACACGGAGAGUUUUGGGACUGGAAUUAAAUAAAGACAGAGAUGUUGAAAGAAUCCACGGCGGUGGAAUUAACACCCUUGACAUUGAACCUGUUGAAGGGAGAUACAUGUUAUCAGGUGGUUCAGAUGGUGUGAUUGUACUUUAUGACCUUGAGAACUCCAGCAGACAGUCUUAUUAUACAUGUAAAGCAGUGUGUUCCAUUGGCAGAGAUCAUCCUGAUGUUCACAGAUAUAGUGUGGAGACGGUACAGUGGUAUCCUCAUGACACUGGCAUGUUCACAUCAAGCUCAUUUGAUAAAACUCUGAAAGUAUGGGAUACAAAUACAUUACAAACUGCAGAUGUAUUUAAUUUUGAGGAAACAGUUUAUAGUCAUCAUAUGUCUCCAGUCUCCACCAAGCACUGUUUGGUAGCAGUUGGUACUAGAGGACCCAAAGUACAACUUUGUGACUUGAAGUCUGGAUCCUGUUCUCACAUUCUACAGGGUCACAGACAAGAAAUAUUAGCAGUUUCCUGGUCACCACGUUAUGACUAUAUCUUGGCAACAGCAAGUGCUGAUAGUAGAGUAAAAUUAUGGGAUGUGAGAAGAGCAUCAGGAUGUUUGAUUACUCUUGAUCAGCAUAAUGGGAAAAAGUCACAAGCUGUUGAAUCAGCAAACACUGCUCAUAAUGGAAAAGUUAAUGGCUUAUGUUUUACAAGUGAUGGGCUUCACCUCCUCACUGUUGGUACAGAUAAUCGAAUGAGGCUCUGGAAUAGUUCCAAUGGAGAAAACACACUUGUGAACUAUGGAAAAGUUUGUAAUAACAGUAAAAAAGGAUUGAAAUUCACUGUCUCCUGUGGCUGCAGUUCAGAAUUUGUUUUUGUACCAUAUGGUAGCACCAUUGCUGUUUAUACAGUUUACUCGGGAGAACAGAUAACUAUGCUUAAGGGACAUUAUAAAACUGUUGACUGCUGUGUAUUUCAGUCAAAUUUCCAGGAACUUUACAGUGGUAGCAGAGACUGCAACAUUCUGGCUUGGGUUCCAUCCUUAUACGAACCAGUUCCUGAUGAUGAUGAGACUACAACAAAAUCACAAUUAAAUCCGGCCUUUGAAGAUGCCUGGAGCAGCAGUGAUGAAGAAGGAUGAAUAUCACCUUUAGUACCUUUGUGUCUCUGCUGAAACUUUUUAAAUGAGACCGUAUGUUUUUUUCAACUGUACGGUCUAUUCCUGACAGCUAAAUUAGCCCUAAAUGUGGGUAAUUUUUUUCCUCAUGUUUUAAAAUGAGGUUAAUAUUUGCAUAAAAUUCUAAAACAGGCUUCUGUAUAGUUUAUUUAGUCAAAAUGUGUUCCUUGAUCCCAGAUGCUGUGGCCUGGGGAAGCCCUCAUUGCUACAAUGACACAAGUCAUUGUACCUCAAUUGUGACCUUCAGCAGAUUUUAUGAACUAUAAGAUGCAGUCUCAGAGGAUCAGCAAGUGGAGGCCACCAGUAUUGACUUUCUCUUACUUGCUAUACUGUCGGCCUGCUCAUUUCCACUUUCAAGAAUGAUUUUGCCAAGAAUAAUUAUAUCAAAAAUAGUAGUUGAAAUGGUAACAUCAAAAUUAUUUUAUUCUUUUUUCUUCAUGUAUUCACAUUUUUCAGUCGUUUCAUUUAAUUAACCAUGCUUUAUGUUAAACAUUUUUGGGAUCAAUGUCUCCUACAAUCCAAAAUGUGCAUCACAGGAGGCUUUUAACUUUGUGAAAAUCCCAUGUUUGCUUUAUUUUAUUUUAAUGUCAGAAGGCAGUUUGCACUAAUGCUUGAACUCUUUUCUUUAUGAAACUCAUUAAGAUAUGACCAAAUCCUGCCUCAUUAAUUCAAGCAGAAAAUAUCCUGGCAGGGAAUCUGGCUUAAAUAUGAAAUGUUGUAAUAAAAUUUCUAUGUUACUGUC